AUGAGGACAAGGAAGCCUCCCUGCCCAGUAGAAAAAGUGUGGGUAGACAAGCACAAAUACGAUGAAGCGGAGAGACUCCAUUACGAAAGAGAAGCGAUGCUCGCUGCUGCGGCCCCGGAGGAGUGCCAGGAGGUCGAGGCUGUAAACGGAGUCUGCAAUGACGACUCUGUUGAAAGUGAAUUUAAAGGAGACCUGAAGAGAGCAAGGAAUGGAAAGAAACAAAGGAAACGGAAGCGGUCUCCGAAGCCCAAAAAUGUGCCCUCCAAUUUGGACUCUGUUCUGACUGGUUUGUUAGCUGACCAUGUGUGGUUUGAAAAGCCUUUAUACGACCAUGCUGAGAGCCUGUACAGGAAAAAAUUAGUGGAUUGCCAGAACCAGGAGGCACCUGAGACUGCACCAGCUGCUGAGCAGUCCCCUUUAGCGGCCAGGCCAAAAGCUGUCCAAGAUGUUCCUAAGCCAAGGAUGCUUUCAGCAGCCCUGCCCUGCUCCCAUGGUAUUCUGUCUGCCUGUCACCAUCUUGUUCAGGGUGUCUGGGUCAACAAGUUUGACUUUGACAAGGCAGAGGAGAUGUUCAUUGAAAAAUCUCAGUCCUUUGUUCCUCCAAAUGUCCUAGCCAUCCCGUCUGUGGACACUGGCCACGGGCUGAGAACGCCGGAUGAAGGCUAUGUUACAGCUCUGCCUACUCCUGCUACGCCAAGCUUGGCUCCAGACGCCGUUGCCGGUUCCGCUGCUUCCCUCAUUACCAGCUUGCCCGGCUCCGUAGACGAGACGGUAAAUGGUAAGCCGCAGACUUCAGGCUUGCAGGCUCUCGUCUCAGAGGUGUGGUUAGAGAAACCUCUCUACGAUGAUGCCGAGAAGAGCUUCUAUGAGAAUAUGUUUGACGGUCCUCCCUCGGGCAGAGUCAGACAGCAGCAAGGUGGUUGCCCCGAAGAAUCGAACCACCGCGAGGACAGGAAGGACCACAGCCUUGGAAAGGAAACGGGCAUCAAAGAUGUGGAGAUCGCCACCAACCCUCUGCUUCCCGGUGAUGCUGAGCAACCUCCGCCUACCUACUUCUUUCUGCAUGAGGAUAGUGAAACUGUGUGGCUUAAUAAGCUGACGUAUGACAGUGCUGAAUCACGAUACUACGCAGCCGAGGCUUUGAAAAUAAAAAUGGCAGUCGACUACUUUUUGCAUGAGAAGAUCUGGUUUGAGAAGUACAAGUACGACGAUGCUGAGAGAAGAUACUAUGAGCAGAUGAACGGGCCGGUUGGCAGCUCUUCACAGCAACAGAACGGAGCCAGCACGAUCCUACGCGACAUUGCCAGAGCCAGGGAGAAUAUCCAGAAAUCGCUGGCCGGA